AAAUAGUCAAAAAACAAAACCGGCAUCCCUGAAAUCAACAUCAAAUCAUUUGUCGUAAGGAAGUAUUUCAAUCCGGUUGUGGUGUUGUGCUCCGUGCCAAAUUUUUUGUGCGAACUGGUGAAUUGAAAGUUUUUGAGAAAAAGAUCACAAUGUCCAACUCCAACGACCAACGAAACAAAGAUGGGAAGCGGUCCAUCAUAAUGGUCGCCACAGCCGACUUGUUUGGUUUGCUGCAAUCAGCAAAUAACUUGGGGAAAGCGAUCAAGGAUCACGGAUUGGAAGCCGCUUGCACGGUUCCACGCCGCGUCUCCAUCACGGCCGAAUUCUACGACCAUCUCCGAGCCUGUGAGAAUGACCUAAAGAAUCUGGUCGCUAACCGCCAGGUGCGCUCCACGUACCUUGAAUCAUGCGUAUCGUACCUACCUUACCCGGUACAGUACAACGAUCGCCGCGCCCGUGCGAAUAAACGCACUGAUGGGUCCGAGCGUGACUUCUCUCGGGAUCGGACGGACCAUUCGGUGGAACGGCGCCACGGCGGGAACGGUGUUUUGUUGCCGACCACGGGUGGAGAAGCUGCUGAAGGAGUUGGUAGCGGUGGAGCAGGCGGUGGUUCGGCCAUUCAACCUGGUGGCGGUGGAUCCGCGGGCGCUGUACCGGCCGUUCACCAUGAUGGAGUGGGCGGUAGUGGAGUGGGCGGUAGUGGAGCGGGCGGUAGUGGAGCGGGCGGUAGUGAAGUGGGCGGUAGUGGAGCGGGCGGUAGUGGAGUGGGCGGUAGUGGAGCGGGCGCUAGUGGAGCGACCGAUGUAUCGGCCAUUCAACAUGGUGGCGGAGGCGCGGGCGUUAUUGCUACGGUUCACCAUGUUGGUGGGGGAGCCGGAGGUGUUUCGGCCAUUCACCAUGGUGGUGGAGGCGUGGGCGGUACUGCGCCUAUUUACGGUGGUAUCGUUGGAGGUGCGGGCGGCGCUCUGGCGCCGAAUAAUGGAGUGAACGUUGGGGGCAAUGGCGGACAUUUUUACCAGGCUGGACAGUCGAAUUGGGCUAAUUACCCAACCGUAGAGAACGCCCAGUACGCUGGAUACGGCGCAUUCCCGGCCCCGUCGCCGUCGCCGUCGCCGCAGGUAAUGCAGGCACUGCUGCAGUUACUGUACCCGGCCAACCAGUACAGAUAUUAGCGAAAAUACAGCUAUAAACUGAUUCCUUACAUUUUGGUUUUUAA